AUGCAAGCUCCAAAGGGUGAAACGUGCCAAGUAGACAUUAUGGAGAGUAAAGCUGGAGAUGUUUUUGGUGCUGAGGAUGCCCAUCCAACCGGCACGGGUGGUUCAGCUGGUAUCCUUGCCAGGUUGGGUCUCCCGAAAGGCAUUUCAGUCAGCGUGGCCAAAGAGUGGCUGGACCGGCGACGCGUGUCCAUCCGUCCGUGGGCCACAUUCAUCGACCAGCGCAAGUUUUCCAAACCGCGCAACUUUGGAGAAAUGUGUCAGCGAGUAGUGAAGAAUGUGGACACGUACAACAGCAACUACACCUUUAUUUUUCUCGGGCUCAUCCUGUAUUGCAUAGUCAGCUCUCCAAUGUUACUCAUAGCUUUGGCUAUCUUCGUCGGCGCCUUCUAUAUCAUCCACCUUAAAUCGCUGGAGUCCAAAAUAAUGAUUCUUGGCAAGGAGAUGACCUACCCACACCAGAUGGGUCUGGCUGGAGCCAUCUCCUUACCAGUCUUCUGGAUAGCUGGAGCUGGAGCAGCAGUCUUUUGGGUUCUGGGAGCCACCUUGUUCGUAAUCGGAACUCACGCCGCAUUUCGAGAGCUGGAAAACCCCGACAUGGAGGAGCUUCUGAUGGAGCCCGUGUGA